GUACUCCGUAUUUCCCACUCCACUCCAGCAGCCGCCGCCGCCACCGCCGCCCAUGGAGGCUGCGCCCGCCGCCAAAAAGCAAAAAUCCGAUCUCAGCCAAGAACCACUGGGGAGUGGCAACGUCGUGGAAGAAAGCAGUCUCGAUAUCAUCAGCCGCCUCCCCGAUGAGGUACUGGGCACCAUCAUCUCCCUCCUCCCCACCAAGGCCGGCGCCCGCACUCAGAUCCUCUCCCGCCGGUGGUGCCCUCUCUGGCGCGCCGCGCCUCUCAACCUAGGUGUCGACAGAAACCUCAGCGGCCAGGACCGGAAGCGAAUCAUCUUCGUCUCCAAGAUCCUCUCCGACCACCCGGGGCCAGCCCGCCGCUUCGCCGUCCCCGGCAUCCGCCUCCGCGACCGCUACGCCAAAAUUGAUGGCUGGUUGCGCUCCCGGGCCCUCACCGGCCUCCGUGAGAUCGAGUUUCAGUAUUUGAUGGAGAACCCGCAGCUGCCCUACCCGCUACCGCCGUCCGUGUUACGCUUCGCGCCCACCCUCUGUGUUGCCGACUUUGGCAGCUGCGAUUUCCCAAGAGAGAUGGCGCCAUUGUUCAAGUUUCCCUGCCUCAAGCAGCUCUCCCUGCAUUACGUCAUCGUGUUGGAAGAUGUUCUUCACAGUCUGCUCUGUGGUUGCCCUGUUCUUGAGAGCCUCUUGCUGUUUGGGAGUGUUGGCUUUGGUCGCCUCCGCAUUAACUCGCCCACUUUAAGGAGCAUUGGCUUCAUGGUUUCUCCCUGUCGGAAGAGAAAAGGAAAUCAUAUCACGCUCCAAGAUCUUAUUAUAGAAGAUGCCCCUUGCCUUGAAAGAUUGUUACCACUUAGCCGGAUCCAUGGUCUGGCAACAUUGCGGGUCGUGCGGGCGCCAAAACUAGAGAUAUUGGGCGAGCUGUCCGAUGGCAUCACUAAACUUGAUCUUGGAACCAAUGUUUUCCAGAAAAUGAUUGCCCUAAGCUUGACAACCUCGAUGCGCACUGUAAAGGUUUUGUCCCUUGACACUUUGGGGCCUAAUCUGGACUCAGUUGUUGACUUCCUCAAAUGUUUCCCCUGCUUGCAGAAGUUGUAUAUCAUGGCUGACCUAGAGGAGAGUAGGAAAAAUAAGCGGAGCUAUAAUCCACUUGAUCCAAUUGAAUGCCUUGAGUCUCAUCUUCGACAAGUGGCCUUGCUGAAUUAUUGCGGUAUAAGACCUGAUGUUGACUUUGCCAAGUUCUUUGUAUUGAAUGCAAAAGUUCUAAAGACAAUGGUAUUUGGAUCUGAGAAAACCAACAGUAAUAAGUGGAUGGCUAAUCAACACAGACGACUUCAACUAGACAACAAAGCUUCUCAAGGUGCUCAAUUUAAAUUCAUAAGAAGUUCUUGUUUGACUAUAAACUCAUGCGCCCAGCAGACACAUGAUUUGUGGAUGGAUGAUCCCUUUGACAGUCACUUAUUCAGAUGAUGCAUGUAGAUUCAAUGCCUGUUCAGAAGAUUAUCUUUUCUUUAUGUGUAAUGUCCAAAGUUUAAUUUUCCUGCUCUUAUUCUUAGCCUUUAAUUUGUCGCUUUGCAAUUUUUACACUCUUUUUGAUGUUGCAAACAGUAUCAGUAUGUGUGGAAAUUUGUUGCAACCCAUCUAUCUUUUGGAGACAUACUGUUUUUAUGUGGUAUCAACCUCAAUUCUUGUCUUAGCAGCUGUUUGCUUAGAACACCAUAUGUUGAAUUCUGGUGUUGGUUUUCAUUUAUCUGUUGCUUCCUUUUUUUUUUCUCUACACAAAAGUUCACCAUGUCAACCAUUUUAGUUAAUUAGAUUCCAUUCACCUUAUUGACAAAACAUAUAAAAGUUUGGGGAAAUGUAAACUUAUUUUUUCAUUAAUUGCCCCAAUAUAUCUUCAGAUAUUACCUAUGUAUAUGAAUAUUGAAUUAUAAGAUUAUUAAAAUUUUAGUUAAACAUAUUUGAAUAAUUUAAUUUCAACUACUUAUCAAGGAUCGUAGAAAUAAACAGAGUUAUAUACCUAGUAUACAAGUGAUGAGAUGGUAUGAGUUACUAUCAAGUUGCAGACAGUUACUACUACAUACCUGGUGCCAUAUAAUCAAUUGUUCCAUGCAUGUUCCUCGAAACUAUGGAAAUAUCAUCACCCAGCAGCAACCUUGCGAUGCUGAAGUCGGCUACACAAGCCAUAAUAUCUUGAUCAAUCAACACAUUGUUUGGCUUGAGGUCACAAUGCAGGACUGCCUCCAAGGCUCCAAGUGCUCAUGGUGAAGGUAAGCCAGUGCCAGAGCCACAUCUAACAUGAUGCUGAUCCUCUCGGACAUCCUAGCCCGCGGCGGUUACUAAGGAACAACCAUUCAUCUAGGCUACCAUUUGGCAUGUAUGGGAGCACUAGUGCCUUGAAGUCAAGAUUGGAGCAGGUGGUGAGUACCAUUUUUGGUGUUGAGCCAUGCGAAAGCUCAUAUUGGCUCUUUCCAGUUCCAUGUUCAUCUAGGCUACCAUUUGGCAUGUAUGGGAGCACUAGUGCCUUGAAGUCAAGAUUGGAGCAGGUGGUGAGUACCAUUUUUGGUGUUGAGCCAUGCGAAAGCUCAUAUUGGCUCUUUCCAGUUCCAUGUUCAGGACUUUUAUUGCGACCAUUUGCCCGUCAUCCAACAUGCCUCUGAAUACUUUGCCAAAUCUUCCACUUCUAGUUCCUAGCAGGUUAUCGUUGUCGAAGUUAUUUGUGGCACGGGCAAGCUCAAAGUAGGUGACUACCAUGGUGUUCGCCUCCUCGCUAGCAGCCGGCAGCUUCUUGGACGUCUUGUUGACAUAGUUCUGAUCUAGCAGGCCGCUCCGUGAAGUGAAGGCACUAACCACGCUGCUCAGGCCAGGCUUCGUGGAAACGUGAUGCAAUUGGCCAGAUUUGGUUAGGAGUUAGGAAGCAGGUCUGCAUCCCCGCACCGGUGCCCACUGGUGCUCCAGCAUCACACCGAUAGCGCUUUAUCGGCCUGGCCUCCACCUUCGGCUGCGCCAAAGACUGUCAUAUGCGCCGGAUUCCAGCUCGAUUCCACAAGGAUGGCAGAGUUGUCCACCCCCACAGGACAGAUGCUCACUCGCCGCGAACCGCCCCAUCAGGAGCUCCAGGAGCGCGCUGUUGCCGUCGGGUGCACGGAAUGUCGUGGAGCUAGCCACCGCCGCCGCGGUCGAUGACGACCCAAAACGUGCCAUGGUCGUGCAUCCGGAUCUCACCGCGGCUGGCAGCAACAAGUCCGCGUGGGGUCAACGCCGUGGAGAUGGCGAGAGGCGCGUGAAAAGGCGGAGAGGGGUGAGGAAGAGGAGGCGGGAGGUGGAGAAGCUUUGUCUUCUAUGGCGGUCACAGGCGUCCUCUGCCGAGCACCUGUUCGACAAAAUGUUUCAAUGGCGAGGUAAACUUAUGUAUACAAAAAGUGGCCAACCAAACACACCCAUAGAGAAGCCAGACUAAGCUAACCAUUGCAAUCAAAUAAGUGUAUCUUGCAUUGUUGAAGCCAGACUUUAGCUCCUCAAGCUUAGUUGGCUAGCUUAAUCUUAACACAUUAACCGAACACGCCCAUAAAGCCAAGAACACCAAAUCUACAGAGCUGAAGAUCCACUCCAUU